AGUACACACACGCACACAGAACACACACACCCUUCGUAAUCGUAACAACUAGGGUUCUGUUCUGUAGAGUAGUCUUUUAAAUUUUAGUGUGAUUUUCAGAUUGAAUAUGAAUCUUCCUGUGGAGAAACAAGCUUUGCAUGUGCCAGAACUUCAAGAAUUAGCUGAAGUAUUACAAGACGGUUUGCAGUCUCAUUUUGAGACGAUUGCAGUCAGUGUUGUUGAUUGUCCAGAUAUGACUCAGAAGCCCUUCACGCUUGCAGCGCCAGGUUUAUGCGGGAGUCCAAGACUCGUUGAUGUGGGAGGGGUGCCAAAUAUACAUCCUCUACCAAGGUUUGAAAAGAUCUAUGAUUUAGAGAAAUUAGCCGAGCUAGCUGAACUACCAGGUGCUUUUAUGAUUGGUGCAGGAGCAGGUCCGUUUAAACAUGUUGGAGUUAACAGUGAGUUGAUGCCAAACCUCGUUGCUGCAAGUUCCACCAAAGAACAGAUCAACUGUACUCACGACAUGAAAAUAGAUGUCAAUGAUGGAACACCAGUCUUAGAGAAAUGCUCAAGUACGGAGUGCGCCCUCAUGGUCAACCUUCUUUGCUCUGAAGGCAAACCCGGAAAGGUUCUAGAAGUCAAAGCAAGCAAGAGGACAUCGGAGAAGGAUUUUGUGGCUGCCAUGAGGGAAGUACUAAAAGCCAGAUACGGUGAUAAACCAGUAGGGCUUGGAGGAAGCUUCCUGAUUGAGAAGGGAAAAGCAUGGCUGCAUAUAAUGCCGGAUUUUUGUAAGAGUCCAAUCACCAGUAUAAAAGAGAACGAAGCCUGGCUGAAGUUUUAUGACUUUGAUGCACCAAUCAUCUGCCUUAGUGUCUUCUAUUCCACUGAUCCGGGUCUUGACCUACGUAUAGAGCACACACAUUGUUUCAGUCACCAUGGCGUAGGCGGACAUUAUCACCACGACACCACACCAGAUGAUGUUGUCUACAGGGGUUAUUUCAUUCCAGCUGAGAGCGUUUAUCGAGUGGAUAGACCCGAGGAGCAGUGGAUACCUACAGAUAAAUAAAUAUCUCUUCGGUAAUAGCUUAACAGCUAUCCUUCACCAAUCUUGAACUCUUGGUGGCAGCAAACACUAUGGUGGUACCUGGAAAAUUUCCUAACCAGCAUUCUUUUGUACAAGUGAUUUGCAAACUAAAAGUCCAUUCAUAAAUACCCCAGACAGUUUCUCUACUCCUAUUGGUGGAGAGCGCGUCACGUGGGGGUGUUUAAACCUUUGAUAAUGACCAGCUGGAGCUGUUUAUAACAAGCUGGCUUCUGAGUGUCGGGCACGCAAGAUUAUCAUGCGGAACGCAAUUCAUAGCUAUAGUAACAGCGCAUAAUCUAAGUGCGCGCGCGUAAUCUAAGCGCGCAGGCGUACACACAACCCACGCGCAUCAAAAAGAUUCUUCACAAAGUUUUGGA